AUGGCAACCAAGGAAUGCUCGCUGUGCCACACCCUACGUGGCGUCCUCGUGCGGUGCCAAAUCGACGAGUCGGGAAAGUGGAACUUUGUUUGCCCGGGGAAGUGCUGGCACUCGGUGUCUGGCGGCAUUGAGGACGCGAAGGGCCUCGAGGGGCUUUAUCCGUACUACCGCUACGGCGGCAUGUGGAAGGACCGUAAUGCAGAUGGACCGACGUCUGCGAAGAAGCCGCGAAGAGUUAAGGAGCGACAGAGAAAGGAAGAAGCAGAACGACAAGCAGAGCAGAACGCGCAACUACUACGAACCGCGCCGUCAGAGCAUUGA